AUGAAAGGAUCAUCUGACACGUACCAGUCUAUCACUCAUGUACAUUUGUUCUCUUCAACUGUUGCUCAGGAUUCAUCGGUGACAUCUUCCAUCAUUUCUGAUGUUGUCCAAGAUUUAAUUCAAAUGAACCAUGGUCUUUCAAAUGUACAUUUGUUUUCUGAUAAUGCAGGCUGCUACAAAAGUACCACUACCAUAGCUGCCUUACACCAAACCUUGAAAGGGACAAUUAAAACCUACAACUUUUGUGAAGCACAAGAUGGAAAAGGACCUUGUGAUCGUAGAGCAUCACAUUUAAAAUCAAUCAUUAAGAGAUAUGUGAAUGAAGGAAAUGAUGUAGUAACAGCAGAACAGAUGAAAAAGGCUAUUGAUUUGAAAAAGAACUUCAACUGUAGAGUUAAAGUGGUUACUCCUGUAAUUGACCUGGAUCCUAUUCAAAACAGCAUUAAAUCAAUACCAGGAAUAUCACAGUUGCAUAAUUUCAAAUUUGAAGAUUGUGCUUGAGAGUGUGGAAAGC